AUGAGAGAUCUUUCUAGAAAUGAUGGUACCUCCAUCAUGCAUCUCCCAGAUGAUUGUCUUGCUAUAAUUUUCCAUGAUUUAGAAAGUUGCAUUGAUCGUGAAUCAUUUGGCCUGACUUGCCACCGAUGGCUCCAAAUUCAAAAUGUCUACCGUCGGUCACUGCAUUUUCAGUUGCUGAGGCGCUUUCAACAUUUAGAAUAUUUAUCCCUAUCUGGUUGCAGUGAGCUCAAUCAUUCUGGAUUGACCCGUUUGUUAAGUUAUGGUUCAAAUUUGCGAAAACUUAAUCUUGAUUGCUGUUUUAAAGUCACUGACUAUGGGCUAUCUCUGGUUGCUGCUGGUUGUCCCUCAUUGAUGACAAUUAGUCUCUAUCGGUGUCUCAAUGUUACUGAUAAAGGAUUAGAGACUUUAUCAAGUGCUUGCCUAUCUAUGAAAUGUGUAAACCUCUCUUACUGCUCACAAAUAUCUGACAAAGGGUUAAAAGCUUUUACACAGUGGUGUCGUCAGCUCCAGUCUGUUAACAUAUCACAUUGUGAAGGUAUAAGUGGUGUUGGCUUUGAAGGGUGUUCAAAAACUUUAGCAUAUGUAGAGGCUGAUUCUUGUAAGCUUAAGCCAGAAGGGGUCAUGGGAAUUGUUAGUGGUGGUGGAAUAGAGUAUCUAGAUGUUUCUUGUUUAAGUUGGUCUCUUUUUGGGGAUCCCUUGCCUGGAAUAGGAUUUUCAUCAGGCCUCAAAAUCCUUAACUUUCGGUUGUGCAGAACUGUUUCUGAUACUUCUAUUGUGGCCAUUGCCAAGGGAUGUCCACUACUUGAAGAGUGGAACUUAGCAUUAUGUCAUGAGGUGAGGAUAUCUGGUUGGCAGGCAAUUGGGUUAUACUGCCAGAAUUUGAAAAGAUUGCAUGUUAAUCGUUGCCGCAACCUCAGUGAUAAUGGCUUGCUAGCUUUAAGGGAUGGAUGCAAAAGUCUCUCCAUUCUUUACUUGAAUGGCUGUGUUCGCUUGACAUCUACUGCAUUAGAGUUAUUCAAGUUUCACAGAGCUAAUGUUUGCAUAAAGGAAAUAGAGGUCAUGAGUAUAAAGCCUUACUUUGAGUUCAGAUGAUACUGGCUGAUACAUAUUUAUUAACUAUCUAGGCAUUAAAUGUAUUCUUUAUCUUUAUUUGUAUAAAUAUUUUAGAACCUAUGGAUGUUUGGUUUUAUACAUUAUUUAGAAUGUCCUUGUAUCAUAAAU